CGACGCGCCGGAGGCCGAAGGGCUUUCCCGCGUGGAGUGAACUGAGGACGCGCUACCAUGGCGGCUGCCGGGGCAGCUUUGGGGCCAUUGGUGACCGGUCUGUACGACGUGGAGGCUUUCAAGUUUGGCAACUUCGUGCUGAAAAGCGGGCUUUCCUCCCCUGUGUACAUCGAUCUGCGUGGCAUCGUGUCUCGGCCGCGUCUUCUGAGUCAGGUUGCAGAUAUUUUAUUCCAAACUGCCCAAGAAGCGGGAAUCAAUUUUGAUAGUGUGUGUGGAGUGCCUUACACAGCUUUGCCAUUGGCUACGGUUAUCUGUUCAACCAAUCAAAUUCCAAUGCUUAUUAGAAGGAAAGAAACAAAGGAUUAUGGUACUAAGCGUAUGGUAGAAGGAGCUAUUAAUCCAGGAGAAACCUGUUUAGUUAUUGAAGAUGUUGUCACCAGUGGAUCCAGUGUUUUGGAAACUGUUGAGGUUCUUCAGAAAGAGGGCUUGAAGGUCACUGAUGCCAUAGUGCUGCUCGACAGGGAGCAGGGGGGCAAGGACAAGUUGCAAGCACACGGCAUCCGGCUCCACUCAGUGUGUACAUUGUCCAAGAUGCUGGAGAUUCUCGAACAGCAGAAGAAAAUCGAUGCUGAGAUGGUCGAGAAAGUCAAGAGAUUUAUUCAGGAGAAUGUGUUUGUGGCAGCCAAUCAUAAUGGUUCUCUCCCUCCUGUGAAGAAGGCACCCAAAGAACUCAGCUUUGAUGUUCGUGCGGAGCUGCCCAGGAUCCACCCAGUUGCAUCAAAGCUUCUCAGGCUUAUGCAGAAGAAGGAAACCAAUCUGUGCCUGUCUGCUGAUGUUUCAGAUGCCAGAGAGUUGCUGCAGCUGGCAGAUGCGUUAGGACCCAGCAUCUGCAUGCUGAAGACCCAUGUGGAUAUUUUGAGUGAUUUCACUCUGGAUGUGAUGAAGGAGUUGGCAACUCUGGCAAAACGCCAUGAGUUCUUAAUCUUUGAAGACCGAAAAUUUGCAGAUAUAGGAAAUACAGUAAGAAAGCAGUAUGAAGGUGGUGUCUUUAAAAUAGCUUCCUGGGCAGACCUAGUAAAUGCUCACGUGGUGCCAGGUUCGGGAGUUGUGAAAGGCCUACAAGAAGUGGGCCUGCCUUUGAAUCGGGGCUGCCUGCUUAUUGCGGAAAUGAGCUCUGCUGGCUCCCUGGCCACUGGGAGUUACACCAAAGCAGCGGUUAGAAUGGCUGAGGAGCAUCCUGAGUUUGUGGUUGGUUUUAUUUCUGGUUCCCGAGUAAGCAUGAAACCAGAAUUUCUUCACUUGACUCCAGGAGUUCAGUUAAGUGCAGGAGGUGACAGUCUUGGCCAGCAGUAUAGCAGCCCAGAAGAAGUAGUUGGCAAGCGAGGUUCAGAUAUCAUCAUUGUCGGCCGGGGCAUCCUCUCAGCUGCCAGUCGUCUGGAAGCAGCUGAGAUGUACAGAAAAGCUGCUUGGGAAGCGUAUUUGAGUAGACUCGGUGUUUAAGUGCCUCAGAUACGUUUUUGUGAAGACACUGAAGAUACGUGGUCUCCUAAAAGUCACUGGCUGGAAGUCAUCAGCCUUUAACACUCCUUGGAUUCUCCCUCAAGGCCUGUUUAUUUUCAAGCUUACUUUUAUUGAGACUGGUACUUGUUUGGUACGCACAGUCCUGUCUGUAUUAGGGUCUUCCACGUUUGAAGAUUCUCCCAUUCCUAGAUAGGACCAGACUUCUUUUACAUUCUUUUGAUUGCAGUGAGACAGAAAUUCUAAGACAAGAGGCUAAAACCAGUUCUGCAUUUCUCGUGUCCUUUAUUUUCCAUCUAAUGCAUUGCCCAAAUGAUGUCUAAUUACCAGCUGUUCUCCUCCUCCUCAAAAGGGAUAGUCCAGGCAUCCGGAUGGUGCUGAUUUCCAGAGCUGUUGCUCACUCAGUAAAGACAGCAAGUGAGGAAGGGGAAGGAGGCAGGAGCCAAACCCCUGAGCUGCUCUGUGGCUGUCAUUUCAGCAGCUAAAGAGAGGGCGUUCUGGCUCACUUCUCCCCUGGGCAGCAGUCAUGGACCCAUGGUCAGACUCAGUCACAGCUCCCUUUGGCCUUAUCUGGGUCACAAAUGGACAGGCUGCCCCUUUAUUUAAAAAGACAGCAGUGUGGAAAGACCUCAGGUUCUAUUUGGAGCUUUGCUUGAUAAUCCCACAUAAUCAUCCCACCGUUGUUGAUAGAGGGAAGUCAGCCUUCUAGUACCAGAGAGAAAAACUCAGUCAGGGAGCAGCCAUUGUCAGCAUUUCUGGGUUUCCACAGCCGAGGCCAUUCUGCCUCCUCUCCUCACAGGCCCCACUCACACUCAUGGCAUAAGCGGAGGCAGCUCCCGCCUCACUCUGCUCCCAGGUGCACCAGUUCUUGCAGAAAUUCCUCUGAGUUUCUGCAAGACUGGUGACCCCUUCCCUGCUCUCUAAUACAAAUGCUGAUUUUCCCCGUU